UGGCAACUCUAGUUUACAGUUAGCCAAAUAUUCUAAUUCGAAGCGGCGGCGCUUUUUGCGUAUUAUUUUGUGAAAUUUCUAUUGAACAAGAACUUUUUAACUUCAAUUAACCGACAUUUAGUCAGCAUGGAAGAUCUUGGAGUGUUGAGCCUGGUGAAGAAGGUGGUGCACUCGCUGGUGGUGUCCUCACCCGGAAAAAUGACGAUAGAACAGCUGAUGCGCGAUUACAGGAGUGAAGAGGGAUGCAAUGUGCCCUACAGCAAGCUGGGAUUCGGGGACAUAGAAUCCUUCCUCCGCUCGAUUCCGGAUACAGUCAGGGUGAUGGGCCACGGACCCAUGGCCUUUGUAAGUGCGGUGACCACUAAGAACUCGGCGCACAUUCAGCAACUUGUGCAAUGCCAAAAGAAGCCCAGCCACAAGUCCAGAAAUCGACCCAGCCACAAACCAAAGUAUAUCUACGCCUCGGAGCGUUCCGAUUUGAUCUUCAUAAACGAAAGUAUCCAGAGUUUGAAUGCCAGAAGAAUGCCGAAAAAAAGAUAUCAGCAGCCCAACAACAUCAACAUGCCCGUUUCGUAUCCCAACUAUAACAGACUAAUGCAUCCCGCUCAUACCCCUAUUGUAUACCCCAAUAUCAACGCCAUGAUUUGCGCCGGACAGCAGAACACUCUUAAACCGCAACCGCAACCACAACCGCAGAGUUUCCCGAAGAUCCUACCAAAACUUAUGGAGUUGAAAUUAAGCAAACCCGACCAGUUGAAUGUUCAAAACUUCCCGAAACCUAUGCCUCUAAAAGAGCAAAAUCGUCAAAAACAGGUCAAUUCAACACCCAAGACUUCCACUAAUACUGAGCUGGAAAAUCCGCAAAAUAAAUUAGAGAAAGAUGAAACCAAGGAAAUGGAGGAAGCCUUUAAGAAUCUAACUGUGGAUGUUGCUUCCGCCACUGGUUACCAAGACAAAUUCGAAUACGAAGUAUUUGACUCUGAUGAGGAGCAAUUUGCACUGGAUCCCUUCAGCUCUGGAGAAGAAGACCACGCGCCCCAAACUGUCGCUGCAAAUGGAGAUUCAUUGGAGGAAGAUUUGGCAGUGAUGCUCGAACUGGAGCCAGUCUCCCAACCUGAGCCUGAGUUAAUAUCCAAGCCUCAGGGAUUCGAAGAGUCCUUCUUUGAUCAUGAGUCCUCCGAUGACGGGGACGAGGAAAACGCCAUUCCAGCCUAUGCUGUGGACAAUCGAGUUCUAAGCCUUGACUAUCCUAUGGAUUCGGUUCGAUUUGAUUUUAAGCUUCCUGCUCGCGACAUUAAGGCUGUUGUCCAGUUGGAGCAGCGCAUGGAGGUGCAGUUGGUGAAGGUUGACAAUCCGCACAGCUUCAACUUUUGGAUAUAUAACGAAGAGUAUGAUGACUACAAGGCUUUGUCCUCCAAUAUGCAAAUGUUUUAUGAAAGUCGUGACUCGGACAAGUACAUAAUGCCGCUGUGCUUGAUAACCACGGAUCAUCUUUGUGUGGUGCGCUCCAACAACACGGGUGUGUGGGAAAGGGCCCAAGUUGUGAGGCACCGUCCCAAUAAUAUCAGAAAGACCAUCGAGGUGGAGCUGAUCGACACCGGCGUCAUAAUGUGUGUAAGCCACAAAGACGUCAAGUUUCUGCUGAAGGAGUUUGCCAUGCUGCCGGCGCAGUGUUUGGCCGGUCGAUUGGCCUUCAUAACUCAGUGGAAGAGUCCGGCCUGGAGCGCAGAAGCUGUUAACUUCUUCUAUAGGAUGGUUUCCUAUCGCACCCUUUAUGCCAAGGUCGAGGCUAUCGAAGACAACACCGCCUACCUGGUGCUGGUGGAUCCGAGCACCAAAGCGCCCGCGAACCUGAAUAAGUUGCUUAUCGACUCCGGUUGGGUUCGUCGCUGCAUCUCAGCUUAAAUAUAUAUCAAUAUUUCAUACAUCAGCAAUUAUUCUUUUAUAGGGUUAAAUAUUAAUAUUAAGUAAUAGCUAAACUCUAAGGUAUCGGCAUGAAAGGCCAAAUUGACAUUUUUGUGUUUCCAAAUAGGACUUUAAUAA